AUGCAUCGCUUGCGCAACACCUUCACCAGAUCCCGGACGCCCACGGGUGCGGAGAUGAAAACCCAAAGCAGUCUUGAAGUGCCAAAGCAGGUACGCUCAGCAUCGUUCGACGAAAUACAACUUGAAGCGCAGCGCUCGAGCCAGCAGCGGUCGCUGUCGGUCGCCGCAGCGGCAGCAGACGAACCGUCGAUGACGGGUGCGGGUGGGGUGUCCGGUGUCGGGAGCUUACUGCUCCAGGUGCCCCAAACUGCGCCCGGUCAGCGUUCGCGCAGCUUCGAUCUGGCUGGUUCGGCAUCGGACGAAGGUAGUGCGGUGGCGGCCGCGUUUCUCGACGUGCCGAAACGGUUUCAGCGCCGUAAGUCCAGCUCGAAGACGCCGCCCCCGUGCAUACACUGUCUGUAUCUGGAGGAGUACCGACGUCUGAUCGGGGUGGAGCAGCGGCUCUAUUACGACAGCGAAGAGUACCAGGCGUACGUGGACUACACGUCGAGCUCCUGCUCCUCCGGUGACGAUGAGGACGAAGGUGAAGCGGAUGCUGCUGACGAGGAGGGCGCGAACGAGGGCGAACCGGUGGCGGGUGCGAGCGGUGCGGAGGAAGAUGCGCUGGAAGGGGCCGUGGGUGGUACGGGCGAGUGCAUGAACCGAGUGGCGGCGGUCGAGCUCGCCGGUCCCAGCGGUGGUAGCGAUGACGCACGCGGCAACUUUAGCGAAGGUUACUACGACUACGAUUAUUACUACGACGAUGACGACGACGAUGAGGACGACUACGGCGAUGAGGCUGAGGCAGACGAUGACAACGAGGACAACAGCGAGAAUGAGACCGAACGGCGCAAGCGCGUCAGGGAGCGCAGAAAGGAACCAACGUUCGGGCUGGACGCGCCCGCAUACGAUUACGCUUCGCUCUUCCAGCGCGUGUCACCCCGUAGACCACGACCUCGGGAGGAGUGCGAUGGGGCGGGCAGCUCCAAUGUGCGCCUGUCGCCGCCAGCCGUACCAUCACCCUGCCGCAUCACGCUGACGAUUUCGCCGACGAAACCGGACGACGAUGAGCAGUGCGUUGACUUUGGGCACGGUGGCGCCACGCUCGAACCUGCGCGACCUGGUGAGAUCGCGCUGAUGUUACCCGAAGAAGCAGACGCCGCUGGGGUCGCGGGCUCGGACUCGAGAAGUGCGGUAUCAACGCACGAAACAGCACCCCAUGCGACCCCGUCGACGGCCGCAUCCGAUCCACCAGCGGAACCGGCCGGUGAGGCGAUCGAACCGUCCCCACCGAACCGUACCCGGCGGCGGUCCAUCUCGCGCCAGGAAGCGAUCAUCGUCGAACCGACCGGCAGUUCGCUGGAGAACGUUUCGAACGCAUCCGACAGCCGACCGGCGUCACCGCCGCCGCGCGUUACCCGCCCGGUACCGGACAUCCACGCCGGCGUGGACGACGAACCCGACAAUCAGCUGCCACAGCAGCGGCCACCGCAGCGGGGCCGUGCCGCCUCGAUGGGCCCGAUCAUACCGUCGUCAUCAUCCUCGCCGCCCCCAUCCCUGCCCACCUACCCGUGCUACGACCCGGCGCCCCGGCUUCCCCUGGAAUCGCCGCCACCGUCCGCCACCAUCACCGUGCAGCCGUCGCAACCGGCCGACUUCGUGCGCGAUAUCUACCUGCAGGUGCCGGAUCUGAAGCGGGACCGGGCCGCAUCCGUCGACUCCUGCUUCACCAAGGUGACCGGCGCGAAGACGGAGGAACUCCAACCGCCACCGGACGGGGCCUGUCUCAACCUGCUGGCCGUCCCGAGCAGCGGCGCCGUGCGAUCGCGCUCGGUCGACAUCGUGCUGCCGACGGAGGAGCAGGCCCGCUACAAAGCCCUCGCCCUGGCCGGCCCGUCCGGUGCGGGCAGUGGUACCGCCGCCGGCAGCUCCGGUGCAGCGGGCGGCCAUCUUGCACCAGGCGCCAGAGGCGGUGACCCACACGGACGUCAGAUACGUUGCACUCCCGACUGGAGCGAAAAUGCCGUCUCCGGUGAUCAUCUCUGGGUGCCAACUUCCGUUUCCGGCGACUGCUGCUAUGUCGGCGAUAACGAUUGCACGAAGCACGGACCGCGGAUGAAGUGUGCCGCAUGCAAGAUCAUCUCCCACGCCAGCUGCAUCUCGGUGCUGAUGGAACGCAGCCAGCUGCAGUGCAAACCGACGUUCCGCGACGUCGGUGUGCGCCAGUAUCGCGAGCAGACGAAAACCACCCACCAUUGGGUGCACCGGCGCACCGAGAAGGGCAAGUGCAAGCAGUGCGGCAAGUCCCUACAAGCGAAACUUACGUUCAGCUCGAAAGAGAUAGUCGCAUUGUCGUGCGCUUGGUGCAAAGCGUCCUACCACAACAAGGAAGCGUGCUUCAACCCGGAACGUAUCGGCGAGGAGUGUACACUUGGUACGCACCGGAGUAUCGUUGUGCCACCUUCGUGGAUCGUAAAGCUACCGCGUAAGGGCAACUUCAAAUCGUCGCUACGCAAAACGCCGCAGAAAAAGAAGAAGGCAGGCAAGAAGGUGUCGAUACCGCGCGAACCGCGCACCUUCGUGAUCAAACCAAUACCGACCGCCAACAUUACACCGGUGCUUGUCUUUAUCAAUCCGAAAUCGGGUGGCAACCAGGGCGCAAAGCUGCUGCAGAAGUUCCAGUGGUUGCUAAAUCCGCGCCAAGUCUUCGAUCUGACGCAGGGUGGGCCACGGAUGGGACUUGAGUUGUUCCGCAAGGUACCACAGCUACGUAUACUCGCCUGCGGUGGUGACGGAACGGUCGGUUGGGUAUUGUCGGUGCUCGAUCAAAUCAAUUUCGUGCCACCGCCAGCCGUUGGUGUGUUGCCGCUCGGUACCGGCAAUGAUCUUGCCCGUGCCCUUGGCUGGGGUGGUGGAUACACCGACGAACCGAUUGGGAAGAUAUUGGCAAACAUUGGCAACUCCGACACGGUGUUACUCGAUCGCUGGAGUCUUAAAGUAGAGCCGAACACAUCGGUCCCAAACACGGGCGACGGCAAGGACAAUCUACCGUUGAACGUCGUGAACAACUAUUUCUCGCUCGGUGUUGACGCUCAUAUUGCACUCGAGUUCCAUGAAGCACGCGAGGCCCAUCCGGAGAAGUUUAACUCGCGGCUGCGAAAUAAGAUGUUCUAUGGCCAGGCCGGUGGCAAGGAUCUGCUGAAGCGCAAGUGGAAGGGUUUGGCCGAAUUUGUAACGCUCGAGUGUGACGGCAAGGAUCUGACACCGAAGCUCAAGGAGCACAAGGUGCACGCUAUAGUAUUCCUCAACAUUCCAAGCUACGGAGGUGGUACCCAUCCGUGGAACAAAUCCGGUGGCCAGUUUGAACCGGCCACCGACGAUGGUAUGAUCGAGGUGGUUGGACUGACCACCUAUCAACUACCGUUGCUGCAAGCCGGAGGUCACGGUACCUGCAUUACUCAGUGCCGCACAGCGCGCAUCGUCACGUCCAAGACAAUACCGAUGCAGGUGGACGGUGAGGCGUGCAAGCUGAACCCGUCCAACAUCGAACUCACACUGCUGAACAAGGCUGUGAUGCUGGCCAAGAAGAAGCCCGGGCGGGCAAAUGUACCGCAAGAAAAGUUGGAAUCACUCAACAUCAGUCUGAUGAAGAUCAUGAUGUCGGACUACGAGCAGCACCACUAUGACAAGGAGCUGCUGCGACAAUCAGCGGUAACCCUGGGCAGUCUCGAGGUGCCCGUUACCGAUCUGGAGCAGAUGCGCGUGCUCAUCAACAAGUACUGCAGCGAGCAACCGGACAGCCCCAAACUGUCCCCGGACUGGUGCUUCAUUGACUCCUGCACCGCCGAGCGGUUCUUCCGCGUUGAUCGCGCACAGGAGAAUCUACACUUCAUCACCGACAUCGCGACGGACUGCGUGUUCGUGCUGGAUCAGGAAAGUCCGACCCUGCCCCAAACGCCCGAGGACGAACAUCGGCGGCUCGGCGCCCAAGGGCCACCGGUGACGACCAGUCUCGAAUCGAGCGAUGGUGCCGCAUCGCCGUUCUCACCGCAUGCCGGCAAACUGUUCGACCGCUCCCUGUCCGGGCCACCAGCCUCCAGUGACAUUCCAUUGCGCAAGAGUUCGCAGGGUUCUCACGAAGCGGACGGUACUAAUCCACGUGCAACGAUGGUGCACGACUCCGUUGGCAAUGGGCAAAGCCUGGACCAGAUGGUCAACUUUAAAAGCUUUCACGAGCGUUUGUUCGGUCUCAAUGAGGAUGCUUUCGGAUUCAGUAAUCUGCUGGAAAAAACGACGGAUGCCGUAAUUAAAGCCGCCAAAACGGGUGACUUGAUAAUGUUAAAGGAUCUCCAUCUGCAAGGCUACUCACUUCUCUCCAUCGACUCCACCGGUCAGACGGCCCUCCACCACGGUGCCCGCUGCGGUCACAAGGACAUCGUACGCUAUCUCAUCUCCUACGCACCCAGCUCCAUCAUCAACAUGAUAGACAACGAAUCGGGACAGACGGCACUGCAUAAGGCGGCCGCCGGACGGCAGCGCAGCAUCUGCUACAUGCUUGUCGCCGGUGGUGCGAACCUCAACAUACAGGACAACGACGGACGUACGGCACGCAUGCUCGCCUCGAACGCGGACGACUUUGAGCUGGCAUUCUAUCUCGAAAAUCAAGAGCAGUUUCAGCUUAUCGACUUCCGAAGCAACAACAUCUGA